UCGGACUCUCCCACAGAGAGUUCAGCCCCAAGCCGGGAGGCCCGGCCAGGACGCCUCCAGAGGAGCCCCCGCAGACGCCAUACUAAGAGCCAAAAUGGCUGCCCCAAGGCAGCCCGCACCGCGCAGCUAGGGAGGGCUGGGGGAACAGCCUUCUGCAGGAAAGGGGAAGGAGACUCUAGGAAGAACCGCGGCCAGGACCAACGCCCCCUGAGCCACACAGGUUCUAGUUACAGCCACCCUUGCCAUAACUUUUGACCUAUAUUUGGAAAAAUACUGGCCAGGAAGAAAAUGAUAAAAUUUUUCCUCAUGGUGAAUAAACAAGGGCAGACCCGACUUUCUAAGUACUAUGAACAUGUGGAGAUUAAUAAGCGUACACUUCUGGAAACAGAAGUCAUAAAGAGCUGUCUCUCUCGAUCCAAUGAACAGUGCUCUUUCAUUGAAUAUAAGGAUUUUAAGCUGAUAUAUCGGCAGUAUGCAGCGCUCUUCAUUGUGGUUGGAGUUAAUGACACUGAGAAUGAGAUGGCAAUUUAUGAAUUCAUCCAUAACUUUGUGGAAGUUUUAGAUGAAUACUUCAGCCGAGUGAGUGAAUUAGAUAUCAUGUUUAAUUUGGAUAAAGUACACAUCAUUUUGGAUGAGAUGGUGUUAAAUGGCUCCAUUGUAGAAACGAAUCGGGCAAGAAUUCUUGCCCCUCUACUAAUUCUUGAUAAGAUGUCAGAAAGCUGAAUAAUGGAAUUCUCCGCCAACAUCACUGACACAGGAAAUUAGAACAUGGAAUACCUCUCAGCAUCUGUAGCCCAAAAGAAUCUGGAAGAGCAAACAUUGCAGAUUGGGGUAUUCUUCCAAAGACAUUUUCAGUAGGUGUUUUCCACAGUUCCUAAAUGGAAAACAAAACUGUAUUUUAAAGUAUGAUGUACAAAGAAAAGUUUUCUCUGAGAAAGAGAUGUCUUAUUUUCUAACCAUAAGAAUUUUCUCCACUUGUUUAAAUUUUGUUGUUUAAAAAAAUUUUGGUCUCUCUCUGCUUCCCUUUGCAAAUUAAAUUCAGGACUAGCAGCAUGAGGUAGGAAGAAACUGUGGUAGCUCUUUAUCAGCCAAUACAAAUUUUAAACUGAUUUAAACACACUAGCACUUUGUCUUAUGAAUAUGAUUGUCUACUAUGCUGUACACCUAAAAGUUCAUUGAAAAGUGAAAAAUUUUAAAAAGUCUUAAAAAGUGAAAAUUUUGCUAUAUUAUGUAUCUAAUGAAACAGAAUUAAGUUUUAUUUGCCAGUUUCUAAAAGCCUGAGAUCCAUUUUAGGGGUGCUUGGCAAUUACAGUGCCAUCAUGUAAUUAACUGUAGAGUAUGUUACUACCAAAUACAUAGUUAAACAUUAAAAGAGACCCCUUACCUCCCGGCGCACCCCAGCCUUCGGGCACCCAGCACUGCUCCCCGCUGUCCAAGAGGAAGAGCUCAAGAGAUUGACCAGAGAGGUUGUCAGCUAAACCUGCUGUUGCAAAAGAGGAAACAAAGCCAAAAAAAGGCGGCAAGAAAGGAUGCAUCUACAGACAAAAAGUACACACGAAAAGGAAAAGGGGAGCGAGCAAAGGGGAAACAGGCUAAAGUGGUAACCAGGAACCAAAGAUCUACCUCCCUGCAGAAAACGGAGAAACCAAAAAUGAGGAUCCAGCCUUGGAUGAAGCAGGAGAAAAAGAAGCCAAGUGUGAAUAAUAUCAUGUACCAUGUCUUAUCAGUGGUUCCUGUCUCCCUUCUUGUACAAUCCAGAGGAAUAUUUUUACCAGCUAUUUUGUAAAUGCAAGUUUUUUAGUAGCUCUUAGAAACAUUUUUAAGGAGGGGAUUCCACCUCAUUACAUUUUUUUUAGUGUAAAUGCUUAUUUUUAAAGAGGUGAAAUCAAUUGCUGGUUUAUUUUCUGGUACAAUCAGAAAAUAGUGGAAUACUGAAUAGAAGAGACUUUGAUUGUCUUGGUGUCAGCUUAACAUUCCAUAGAUGGGGUAGUUUUACGUCCUACAAUACAAAGCAUACUAAGUGGCAGUUUGGAGUUAGUCGCACAUUCUUUUUAAAUUACUUCUAUUUCCAUAUUUUUGGUAGAAUUUUUUCCUAAAGAAAAACACUCCUUGAUCUUGGCUCUCCCUGUCAGAAUGUUGUGCACUCUGUAACAUCUUUGGUGUGGUAGUCCAGUUUUCCUAGUAACUCUGUUAAUGUGCUGUGAAAGACUGAAAAUGUGGUAUGUAGUGUAUAUGAUAUUAAAUUGUGAAUUGGUGGGACUUUGAUGUAUCAGCAUAUUAACAUUCGAAGAUAUUGGUAAUUGAUACUUUAUUAAGGAAAGGUAUAGCCUCCAAAUUUUAAGCUGGAAAGUCAAUGGAAAAACUGUUUAGAAAAGAAUCACAACUACAUGACUUUACAUUUUUGGUACGUAUGUUAAGAAUUGUGUACAAAUUGACAUGUCUGUAUUCUUCCUCAGAAGAACCAAUAAAAUCUCA